GGCGAAGUACAAAGCUACACUUGUGUUGAUGGUUUCCAGGGCUCGGGUCUCCAGUCGUCCUCCGUGUUAGCAAGGGGUGAUCAUACCCUGGUCCUGGUACUGCUGGUAUACUACGCCUAUCGCUUUGUCUUCCCCACCAAGGAAUGGGCUUUUGUUCGCGACAUCUACCGUGCGGGCAACCGGUACUUCCACCCGCAAGAGGUGGUAUUCGAUGGCUUCGAGAGGAUUGAUCCGGGUUCCAGGUCCUUGAUCUGCAUGCAUCCUCACGGAAUUCUGACCGUGGGGUGGGCACUGACCAGCACCAGCGCGACCAUGAGCCACGCGCACGUGAAGUGGUUGGUGACCGAGGCCUUGCUACGGCUUCCCUUCAUCAGCGAUUUCCUCUCCUGGAAUGGCUGCGCGCACGCCAGCAAAGCCUACAUGCAGGCUCGGAUGAGUAGAGGUGCCAACCUAGCCCUGCUUCCUGGGGGUUUCGAAGAGGCCUCGCUUUACCAACGCAACGCUUACCGAAUUUACAUCCGGAAACGGACUGGAUUUAUCGCCUACGCGCUUCGCUACGGCUACCGCGUCUACCCUGCUUUCGUGUUCGGGGAGGAGAAGUGCUACUACUCCCUACUGCCCGACUGGGCGUGGUUGACCGCUGUCAGGCUGUGGGUUAACAAAUAUCGCAUGCCGGCCGUGGCCUUCGUGGGCAAGCUCUUCCUGGUGCCGGGCUGGGACCAGCCGUUAAUCACCGUGAUAGGCAGUCCAGUGCAGCUCCCCAAGAUAGAGAACCCCGGCCAAAAGGACGUGGAGAGGUACCAUCAGGUGUACGUCAAAGCCCUGCUGGAGCUGUUCGAUAAGCAUAAGGGGGCAUAUGCGGAGGCGGGGGCAUCUUUGGAGGUGUGGUGAGAGGAUGAGUGGGGGUGUUAGGAUCUCAGUGCCUGCUCAGAAGGGUCGACAAGAGAGACGAACACUCUGUAAGGCUUUCGUGGGUACUGAAUAG